AUGUAUCUUCAAUUCUACUUUAUUGUUAUCCUCUAUGGUAUUUCACAAAAUUUUAUUCAUACACAAGACUUCUUUCAAGCACAAUUAUCACCAUUCACUCUCACAUCCGUACCGUAUUUAGAUGGUGAAGUAGCAGUCUACGAACAUAAACAAAAUCGUUCACGUUUAUUUGUACCACCAUUGGCCGUCGUGUAUCUCAAUCAGACCCGUGUGUUUUACAAUACUUUUACUAGCAAAUAUAUGUUAACCCUUUCAUUAAUCCUCUAUACAAAUGAAUUGCGUACAAAAAUUUUAAAAUAUGUAUCAAGUACACGCGGUCGAUGUAUUCGUGCACAGGAAAUAUGCGAUUUAAAAAUGGUACCAACUGAACGUCUCCGAAUUGUAUGGAAACGUACAAAUCCAUUAUUAGCAGCUUAUAAAUUGGAUACAAGUUGGCAAUCGAAUACAGCACUUCGAAAUAAAAUUGAUGUGCAUAUUGAAUGCACUACAAGUCAAAUAUGUUACAAAUUAUUAAACGAUCUUUUAGAAGCGCCAUUUAUGUUGGAUGGUUUCGAAUUGGAAUAUAGUACACAACCUGAGAAGCAAACAUGUAAGAUAGUUACAAUUACUGGCCAACAUCUUAUGAAAACAAAGAUGUAUUCAGAAUUGAAACAAUUACCAUCAGCAACGGUUGAUGAUAGUAUACGUUAUCUACUUGUUGAUGAUAUGAAUCAGCUAAUAACUGAAAUAUUGACAACAAUGGAAUUAGAAGAAGUAACAGAUUCUGAUUAUAUUGCACAUGAUGAUCAGAAAGCAUUGACAGAACUGUUGACACAACGGCUUUCAUUAAAUGUUGAAACGUUACAUGAUCAUACAGAACAACAAUGGAAUUCAAUCUAUUGGAAUUCCGAUAUUAUACGUCCAGAUCGAAUUGUCCGUCUAUUAAAUGACGAACUGAAACAGUUACAGAAUAAAACUAUUACCACAUAUCAAAAUAAAACAUAUAUUGAACAGCAACGAGAUCAGAAUCACUUUAACCAGACAUAUGCAAAUGGAAAUUAUGAUAUUUCAGAAAAUAUAUCCGGUAGUGGUCGAAAUAAAACCGAUAGAUCCAAUGAUGGUACUAGCAUUUCUUCAACACAAAAACAAAUUAUCGAUCAGAGUAGUAGUGAUCAAUCACAGAUUCGCAGUUAUAGGAAAAAUACAUCAGAUAAUUAUCAUAAUGCUCAUUCGUUUAACAACAAUUUUGGUAUUAAUACAGGCUUUGGUGGAUUCAGUGUUGGUGUGUCAUUUAGCCCAUCAAACACACAUAAAGAUUCUAGCUCCUUAUCUCGCUCAAAUUAUGGUAUUAAUGAUUGGUGUAAUGCAUUUAGUAAAUUUAGUGAUUAUUCACAUAAUGGAAGUAAUGCGCGGAAAAAUAAAACAACAAGUAGUGAUGAUAUAUCGUUUGACAACAAGAAUGCAUGGCGCCAUGUAGUUAAUCAAGAUCAACAAACAGUACAUGAUCAUAUAGAAAUGAAAGCAGACGCCGAGUCAUAUCAAAAUUUUAGACAUAAAAAUUUUGAUUUUUACACAAAAAAUCGUCAAUAUAUUGAAUUUACCGGUGACAAAUUCAUUGUUAAACCUGUUAAAGCUUACAAAUUGAAUUUAGCUACAUUUCAAGAAAAUACAAAAUUGAUACACAGAAGUAUCGUUGUCACACGCAUUGAUUCAAUACAUGCUGUACCGAUUAGGGUUCGAUUACUACCAUCAGAUGUGCUGCUAGCAAAAGUACCAGUUACUGAUAACUACACGAAUGUAUUUGAAUCAAAAUUGCAUGAACUGAAACAAAAAUUAACUCUGGACCUAGAAAAAUCAAAUUCACGUGUAAACAAUCAGUUGACAGAAUUAAAAUCAUCCAAUGAUAUGAUUGAAAAUAAUGUGAAAGAAUUAAAAUUACACAUACAAAAUCAAUUGUCAGAACUUAAAUUGCCAGACAACAUGACUAAAAACAAUCUUGAUCAAUUAAAGUUACGCAUAAGCGAUCAAUUGAAAGAACUUGAAUCGUCACACGAAACGAUUAAAAAUAAUCUUGAUCAAUUAAAAUUAAACAUAAGCGAUCAAAUGAAAGAACUUCAAUUGUCAGACGUCAUGGUUAAAAAUAAACUCAAUCAAUUAGUGUUAAACACAAACAAUCAAUUAAAAGAACUUGAAUCGUCAAACACAAUGAUUAAAAAUAAUCUCGAUCAAUCGAAGUUAAACAUAAGCAAUCAAUUGAAAGAAUUUGAAUCGUCAGACACAAUGAUUAAAAAUAAUAGUGACCAAUUGAAGUCAUACAUAAAUACUCAACUAUCAGAACUUAAGUCGUUAGACGCGAAAAUUCAAAAUAAUAUUGAUCAAUUUAAGUCACACAUAAACAAUCAAUUAGAUGAACUUAAGUCAAAUAAGACAAAUGUCAAUACAACACCUUUACCUACAUUCAUAAGACCAACAGGUAAUUCUAAAUUUGAACUUUUUAAUUGUGUAAGAAAGGUAAGAAGGAAUUAUGUAAAGCAUUCUCUA